AGUUUUACUGAAUUGAAAUUAUUUUCAUUGAAUAAAAAUUAUUUUUUAUUAUAUAUAUAUAUAUUGAAGUGAACAAAGCCUUAAUAUGGAUAGCUCAAGUGGUUGGAACUUCCCUCCUAAUUUCAGAAGAUCGAUUCUCACCCCGCCCUUGUGGCUCUCUAAACACAAAAAAAAAAAAAAUAAUAAUAAUAACAGUUGAUGGACCAAAAUUUACCAAAACAAAAUGGUAGUAGUAUUACGACCCAAUACUAUUUUUAUAGAAUUUGGCCCAACCAAUCAACCAUGCUUCUUCAUCUUCAAUCCUUCCCCUAAAUUCCCCCGCCAAAUUAAUCAAUCAACCCUAAACCCUCAAUUUCCAUACCAAUUUCAUAUGAUUCUCUCUCUAAAUUCCAGUAAAACUGAAGAAAUUAGCUAUUCCACUUCACUUCAUCUUCAAUUUGAAACUUCUUUAACUCAUUUCUCUCUCCUAAUUUUGCCAUGGCUCCGAAAGUUCUCAUGGUUGCGGAGAAGCCGAGCAUCGCGCUCUCGAUUGCAACGGUUCUUUCCGGUGGUAAAAUGUCAACCAGGAGGGGAAGUACUGAGGUGCAUGAAUUUGAUGGGAAGUUUUUGGGUCUUCACAGUUAUUAUAAAGUUACUUCAGUGAUCGGGCAUGUUUUUAGUGUAGAUUUUCCUCCAGCAUAUCAAGACUGGAACACAACAGAUCCUCUGGAUCUUUUCCAAGCUCCCACUCUUAAAUCUGAAUCUAAUCCAAAGGCCCAUAUCCGGAGGCAUCUGAGUCAAGAAGCUCGAGGUUGUAGCCAUCUUGUAUUGUGGCUUGAUUGUGACCGAGAAGGGGAAAAUAUUUGCUUUGAAGUUAUUGAGUGCACUGGUUUUCAUUUCAAAGAUGGGGAAGCAAGAGUUUAUCGCGCUCGAUUUUCCUCUGUUACCGAGAAAGACAUUGCAAAGGCAAUGGACAAUCUUGUUGAACCAAACAGAAAUGAGGCUUUGGCUGUGGAUGCUCGUCAAGAGAUAGACUUGAAAGUUGGAGUUGCUUUUACCCGCUUUCAGACUGGCUACUUUCAGGGCAAAUAUGGAAAUUUGGACUCUCGAGUAAUCUCUUAUGGGCCAUGUCAAACUCCAACUCUUGGGUUUUGUGUACAACGCUAUUUGAAUAUCAACACUUUUAAGCCACAGAAAUACUGGGCUGUGCAGCCUUUCAUUGCUCACAAGGGCUAUGAACUAAAACUGGAUUGGGACCGUGAAAAGUUGUUCGACCUAGACGUCUCCUUGAUGUUUCAAAAAUUGGUGAUGGAAGAUGGUACUGUUGAAAUAAUCAAUGUAUUUAAGAAGCAGGAGCACAAGAGUAGGCCCGCCGGUUUGAACACAGUCAAUCUUCUUAAGGUUGCCUCAAGUUCAUUGGGCUUUGGGCCACAGAUGGCUAUGCAGAUAGCAGAAAGAUUGUACACUCAAGGUUUUAUCAGUUAUCCUCGCACAGAAAGUACUGCCUACCCUUCUUCGUUUGACUUCCGAGGUGCACUUGUUACUCAACAGAGUAAUCCCUUAUGGGGUGGUUAUGUACAGACCUUACUGGCUGAUGGUUAUCAUAAACCUCGUUCAGGAACUGAUGUAGGCGAUCAUCCACCCAUUACCCCAAUGCGCUCAGCUACUGAAGAGAUGCUAGGUUAUGAUGCUUGGAAGUUGUAUCAGUAUAUUUGUCAGCACUUUAUCGGCACCGUGUCUCCAGACUGCAAAUAUAUCAGGACAAAAGUUGAAUUUUCAUGUGGCGGGGAAUCAUUUAGUUUUACAGGACAGUAUGUCACUGCUGAAGGAUUCACCUCCAUCAUGCCUUCGUUGGCUAUAAGUGAGAAAAAGCUUCCCGACUUUGCAAAAGGUGAAAGAAUUAAAAUAUCAAAAGUUGAACUAUAUGAGGGGAACACUACGCCUCCUGAUUACCUUACUGAAAGUGAGGUCAUUUCCCUCAUGGAAAAGCAUGGGAUUGGUACAGAUGCAUCCAUUCCUGUACACAUCAAUAACAUAUGUGAGCGAAACUAUGUACAGGUCAAUAUCACUCCCUGUGAAUCUCUUUGAUAAUUAUUAUGCACUGUAAUUGAUACAUUAAUCAUUUCUAUUCCGUUAUAUGCUUCAAAAUCUAGGUGCAAAGUGGACGGAGGUUACCAGUGCACUGAUCCAGAUCUUUGUCUGCCAGACAUUCGGAGCUUUAUCGAACAUCAGAUUACUCUAAUAGCGAAGGGGCAAGCAGAUCAUUCACUUGUUGUGAAGCAUGUUAUUGAACAAUUCACGCAGAAGUUUGUCUAUUUUGUCAAGCAGAUUGAACAUAUGGAUGCACUAUUUGAAGCCCAAUUCUCUCCGCUUUCAGAAUCAGGGCGUGCGUUGAGUAAAUGUGGAAAAUGCGCAAGGUACAUGAAGUACAUUUCUCCACAACCACAGCGUCUUUAUUGCAAUACUUGUGAGGACGUGUACUAUCUUCCUCAAAAAGGCACAAUUAAGCUGUACAAGGAAAUUGUUUGCCCUUUGGACAAUUUUGAGCUCUUGCUCUUUUCCAUGCCUGGUCCAGAAGGCAAAUCAUUUCCCCUAUGCCCUUAUUGCUACAACAACCCUCCAUUCGAAGGUGUAGACAAACUCUUUGGUGCACCCAAAACUGGUCCUGGCAAAUUGGGAAAAGGGUCUGGGAUGCCUUGCUUCCUCUGCCCCCAUCCUACAUGUCCGCAUUCUCUGAUAGCUCAAGGUGUUUGUGCAUGCCCGGAGUGCAGUGGUACACUUGUCUUAGAUCCUGUCAGUGCUCCUAAGUGGCGGCUUUACUGUAACAUGUGCAACUGCCUUGUCUUUCUACCUCAAGGCGCUCACCGGAUCUCAACAACCAAAGAGCGGUGCCAUGACUGCAAUUCUACUAUCAUAGAAGUUGACUUUAAUAAGAAUAACUCACCUUUGGCAGAUGGAGCUACCUUGCAUGCAGGAUGCAUUCUUUGUGAUGAGCUCCUUCAUUCACUGAUCGAAAUGAAGCACGGAAAAUCUUCUUUCAGGCGUUUUGGAGGAAGAGGGAGGGGAAGGGGAAGGGGAAGAGGAAGAGGACGAGGCGGAAGGAAAGAUAUUGAUCCCAAAAUGAGUUUCCGGGAUUUCUGAGACAUAUUAACCUCUUGUAAUUUACAUCUACACUCUUUUUCCCUAUCGCUAGUUGGUUUUGACUUACAGAAUUUAAUCUCCUUAAUCAGCAAGAAGGUUAUUUGUAAUUUGUAAUGCAUUUCUCUUUUUGAUCAAAUUUUGUUAAUCUUUUUCAGACUGUUCA